AUGUCUCAGGCGUAUACAAUUGUAAUUAAACUAGGAUCAUCUUCCCUGGUCGAUGAGAAGACGAAAGAGCCCAAACUUUCGACCAUGUCGAUGGUUGUGGAAACGGUGGUGCGACUCCGUCGCAUGGGUCAUCGGGUAGUCAUCGUGUCAAGCGGGGGUAUUGCUGUGGGACUGAAAACCCUUGGGCUUCAUAAAAGACCAAAGCAGUUGGCACAGGUUCAAGCAAUUGCAGCUGUAGGGCAGGGCAGGCUGAUUGGGCGUUGGGAUUCGCUGUUCGCACAAUUCGACCAGCGUAUCGCCCAAAUAUUGAUUACAAGAAAUGACAUUGUGGAUUGGACGCAGUAUAAAAAUGCCCAGAAUACCGUUUAUGAGCUGUUACAGAUGGGCGUGGUCCCCAUUGUAAAUGAGAACGACACUUUAUCCGUCAGUGAGAUCAAGUUUGGCGAUAACGACACACUAUCGGCCAUCACUGCAGCUCUAUGUGGAGCUGACUACUUGUUUUUGCUCACUGAUGUGGACUGCCUGUACACAGAUAAUCCGCGUACAAAUCCUGAGGCUAAACCUAUACUGGUCGUCCCAGACAUGGCGCAAGGCUUGCCUGGCGUGAAUACGGAUAGCGGCUCUGGGUCUGACGUGGGCACUGGAGGUAUGACGACAAAACUGAUUGCCGCAGAAUUAGCUACCAAUGCAGGGGUCAAUACAAUUAUCAUGAAAAGUUCAGAGCCUGGCAAUAUCUCCAAGGUUGUCAGCUAUAUGCAAAGCCUGGACACUUCGACCGAUAGAACUGCUGACGUCGCGGAGCUACAACAAUUGGAACUAAAGACACUAAUAGAAAACGCCAUCCCACUGCAUACAAGAUUCGUCGCCGAUAGGAACCAGAUGCAUCUGAAUAACCGCCAAUUUUGGAUGCUACACGGAUUGGUUAGCCAAGGUGCUGUGAUUAUAGACGAAGGCGCUUACAAUGCUUUAACAAGAAAGGAGAAAGCUGGCCUCUUACCAGCUGGUGUUAUAGAUGUCGAGGGUCAUUUCCACGAGCAUGAGUGCGUGGAUCUAAAACUCGGUUCCAGGAAUGUUGCUGGUGAGUUGGACCUUGAUGCUCCACUGACCACAGUUGGUCGAGCUCGUUGUAACUACACCAGCUUGGAACUAACGAAAAUCAAAGGUUUGCAAAGUGAUAAAAUCGAAGGUGCAUUGGGUUAUGCAGACAGCGAAUACGUGGCUCACAGAGGUAAUCUAGCUUUCCCACCUCGCUAA